GGUGCCCCCCCCGCAGGCAGCCGAACUUUCACGGAGACGCGUGGAAGCAGGACAAGUUCGGCGAGCUGCACAACGACGCCGCCAGCGGCAAGGCGGCCUGCUUCAAGCGCUCGUCCAUGUUCAACGCCUGGUGCGGCGUCACCGACGCGGUGAUGAUGCUGGUGCCGCCCAAGAGACCCGCGCCGCCCCCCGAGGUUGGAUGCUUCAUCUGGUACCCCAGCGGCUGUCCCAAGCAGCCCACGGUGAAGUCCAACCCCAACCAGUGGAAGCACGACACCUGGGCAGAGAGCAACGCGAACGCGCGCGUCGACCGGGGAGCGUGCCUGAAGCGCAAGUUCCACCUCGGCGCCUGGUGCGGCACGAACGACGUGGAGGUGCUCUUCGUCUCGGAGGAGGAGGCGAAGGAGAACGCCCUGGCGAGCGAGCUUGCCCGCGGUGCGGCAGACGCCGCGGCGUUCCAGCCGCUGAGCCGGGCCGUCGAUGCUGGCUUUGCCACCACCGGCGCGCCGAUGGUGCCAGCGGAGGCGCCCGAUCUCCCAGUGGAGGCGGGGUGCUACCUGUGGACGCCCAGCGGCUGCACGCCGGCCGGCCUCCACGCGCAGUUCCGCUGGAAGCGGGACACCUACGGCGAGGAG